AUGCUAGAGCAGGCAACGACAUGUGCCGAACCAGCAGUCAACCUCCUUCUCAGACGAAUCGAGAAACCGAUACGCAGCAAGCGCGUCCUGCCUCUAUCGUUCUGGCGAUAUGGAGCAGAGAAUACGCCAACACCAGUUUGGUGGCCUGCCUACCUACAAGAUAUCCGUACCAUCUCUCUUGCUCAGUCACGAGCUCGGACAACGCCUUCAGAUGCGUCUGAGUUAAUCAACAGUGGCAUCAACACCUCUCUAUACAGGACGGCGCUCGCCGCGGACCAAAGACAAAGAUAUGAUUCUCACGGUCGAACUUUCGAUAGCUCAUAUCGACAACGAAUCUAUAAGCGAACUUUCAGCAUUUCUUACCAAGAUCAAAGUCAGACCAGCAGGGCAUCUGGUAAGAUCGAGGAAGCGAAGGAUGAUUAUUCCCAGCAGAGCACACUAGAGUUAUAUAACUCUCCUGUCGCAGGUACGAAUCGUCAUGACAAUGAGUCCACAGACGAAGACGUACCAUACUCGGGUGGCCCUGUUAACGUGCCUCUACUUGAUGAACAACUGCCACCGCUAGAAUCUUUAUGUGCGCUGAUGGGCUCCGAUGAAAAGGAGGCGUAUGACAAGGCCUGGCAGCUCUUCAUACGUGCGGGUGGCGAAGCUGGUCUUGCAGGGGAAGUCCUGGAAUAUUUGUCGACUUCGGAUCAUCGCAUUGAUCUGGAUCAUGCCCUUGCUGCCUACAAUCUCAUUCCCGCGCUCGAGAGGGUGCUAGCACAUUAUCAAGCCGCCGUGAAGGCAGCCUGUUGCAGGAAAAAGCAUAGGCUGGCUAUGGAAAUACACAAUGAAGCAAUCAAGAGAGGCUUCCACACAGAAGUUACGAGUACCUUUCUAGCGUUCUUGACGCGUAAUGGCCUGUGGGAGAUCGCAGCACAGGUUUGGAAGAGGCUGCCGGAGUCCCAAAGAGACGCAGCAAAACCUGGCAAUCGUGGUCUUUGGCAGGAGUUAGAUCAAGAUACCUCGCUUCCCGAGAAGCUGCAGCAGCUCAUGGACACGCUCGAGCAGAAUGCUGCAAUAUUUCCAUCAGGCAGGAAUGCAGUUCUUGGUCUUAGUGUUCAAGUAUUGUACAGAAUUUUCUCGAGUUCAAAAAUCAUGGUCAGCAUCACUGGCUCAGGAAUUCUUGCUUUAUUAGAUCGAUUCUUUCAUCUUGGCCUCUUACAGCCUCAGCAUUACUUCUCUGGAAUUCAGACUCUUAACAAGAUGGUGGGCUUCAGAAACCGGCAUCAGCUUGCUACGCUGCUUUACAGAAACUUGGAUUACAGGUUUCCCAAUGUACGAUUCCCACGAACACUUCUUGGUUCACUAAUUGCCAUACUUUGCGGGUCAGAGGGCGAUCAUGUGGCAAGCCGCUUGAUCCUGCGACGGUUCGCCACUGACUGGGGCCAACCGGACAGAUUGGCAUACCAGAAAGUGCUCAGCGCGUGCGCUCGCAAUGGCGACUCGGUCAACGUAUCUGAAGUAUUUGCCGAGUUCUGUAGUGAUUAUGGCACACCGAAAGAUAUGGCAUUCAUUACACCACUCCUAUACGUAUUUGCUCGCAAUGGAAACGUCCACGAAACCAAGAAACAAUUUGAUCGGCUUCACUCACACUUCGCAGUAGAGCCAGAUGUAUACUGCUGGAACAUACUCUUAACAGCCUACGCUAGAGCGCGAGACCAUGAUGGUGCUCUCCAACAAUAUCAAAACAUGAAGCGGACAGGCUUGAAGCCUGACCAAUAUACAUAUGGAAUAUUGAUGAGUAUGUUUGCGAGGUCGGGUGAUAUCGAGGCACUUCACCAAUUGGUCGAGGCCGCGAAGCAGCAAUCAAUCAGCGGGACAAGUGCUAUGGUCGACAGCCUUGUACAUGCGUAUUGUCUUAAUGACCAAGUUGAGGAUGCAGAGGCCCUGAUCGAAGCUGCUACACAGCAGAGAUUGAAAAGUGCUCCGACUCGAAUGUGGAACACAUUGUUGCGAUAUUAUGCCUUCCGAGCUGAUACUGAUGCUGUUCUCCGAACACAAGAACGAAUGACAGAGCUCUCAAUAGCACCUGACGGUAUGACAUAUGCCGCGCUUAUGCAAGCGCUGGUCAACACCGGCAGAACCCAAGAUGCUGCAGCCAUCCUUCGAUCCCUUCACUUCAGUAACUCUGUAACAGCUACCGUUUUCCAUUAUUCGAUGGUGCUUUACGGCUACGCUUUGGAAAACAAUCGUGACAUGGUGGCCGUGAUUUACAGUGAGAUGUUGGAGCGGUUCCCUCGAAUUGGUCUUAGCGCAAGACUUUCUCGCCUACGUUCCUCUGCUCACAGGGAUGCGACCCUGACUCAAACCCGGUUAAACCAGGCCCUUCGAGGAAAGCCGAUGAGCAAGGGUUUGCGUCUGUCAAGGACAUUGGACUUUCUGGCCCAGAUCUGGCUUGAGAUCAACCAAAGCGACCUCAUGACUGAAGACCCUCAACCAGGUCUUAGGCGACAGAUCCCAGCGGAGGCAUUCCCUUCUGUAUAUAUGGAGUUCGUGAUUGGAGCGUUUGCACGUAGCGGUGCGCUUGAGAAGGCCGACAACCUUAUUCGUGAAUACCAGGCUUUUGUGGACGAAUCGGAUGGCAGUAAGACGAGCAGCGCCCAGUCCUUUCAGCUACUUACAGCUAUCAUGAGUACCCUGGUACAGCAGAAACGCUUUGCAGCAGUUGACAGCUAUUGGAACAAAGCAUUGUCAAUGGCCAAGAGCAUGGGACGUCAACGGACGCUCGACCUCUCGGACCCAGUUCUCCAGACAGACAUGUCAACACCGGCUCCCACUCGACCUAGUGUUGGCGACAUCAGCUUCGACGUCUCUACUCCAAUCUCCGGGAGCCAGAUUACGCAACCCUUCCUUGAUAGAGGCGAGAUCAGAAUCGUCGCUGCUCAUAGGUACAGUUUGGCUGGUCCGCUCACGCAGUACAUGCAUUCUCUUGGUGCUCAGCAUCUGGUGGCCGAUCUCCCUCCACUUGUUAGGAGACUGGAAGAAAUGGGUUUCUCUCUUAGCAGCAAGAACUGGAAUCACUACGUCCAGGUUCUGUCAUAUUCAAAUGAUCCUAAUCUACAAAUUCUCGCUUUCCGGGUUUUUGAGGAGAAGCUACUGCCCAACAUGCCUUCGUGGCAAUUGAUGAAACGCAGCAAGUGGUCGAAACAGAAGAUCGUUGACGGCUCUGGUGACCUUGUCAUUGAGGAGCCGGUGCAGCGCAAACUUAUUGAGAGAUUUCGUCCCUAUACUCUUGUCCCGACGUACUGGACGAUAGUCUAUUUAGGGCUAGCUCUCAUGAAAUCCCAACAUAGGGGCCUGCAAGGUCAAGCGUUAGGGUUAGACGUUCUUCGAAGCCAAGCUCCAGGCACCGUCAGUGCAGUAUCACGGAUGCCAUACCUCCGAGAAAAGGCUCAAGGGCUUCUUCUUCGUGGUAGGACCUUGCAAGGUGAUCCCCAGAAACGACCGCGAAAACAACCCAAAGUCGAUCGUGCUGGUCUGCGUGGAAGCCGCUCUCCCUUAGAUCAUCUUCCGUGGGACUUCCCUCUUGACGAACUCGACCAAAUGUUGAAGCGUGACAAGAUCCAAUCUACAGAGCAGCCAGAAGAGGAGCAGAGAAGUCCACCUCCCUCGGUUGAACAAAUCUCGGGCGAGAUUCAGCGUAGUCCACUAAUGCUGGAGGCAGCAGGAAGGUAUGAGCGUGAGCUAGAGUUUUCACGGAGGGUCAGGGCUAGUCAGCAGGACCAACUACGCAUGUUGGCACAGAUGCGUGAGGAUGCAGCACGGCCUCAACUAAUGAUGGACGAGAAGCGUGGGGAACCUUCCUUUACAGCGAGUCUUCUAAGCCAACACAAGAAGGAAAAGCAGUUACUUCAGCUCGCGGAGCGAAAACGAGCAGUUCCUUGCUCACCAGAUUCAAAUAACGCAUCAGACAUCCGCCCCGCUGCUCUUCUCUCUGCUGCACGCCGACCGAAGGCUGCGGCACGUCUUCAAUUGCUGCGUCGUCGGAGAUGGGGAAGUCCAGUUGUACCUAAGUCAAUUGCAGCAUUCCAACGCGGUAUCCGCAGGAAAGUCAAGAUCGCUAUGACCGCUUAUCAAUCACGCCUCAGGGUUCCGAAUAGGCUCCGAAGAGCUUUCACAAAGAACAGAACUGCUCGCAGAAUAAGAAGUGAGGCAAGGCGGUCAAAACGAUCUGACAGGAUAAGACAAGCCAUGAGCGAAGACGAGGAAGAAACCGGCGAUAAUAUGGAAGAACCCGAUGGCAAGGCUUCCGAGGACAUCGAAAGUGAAUCUUCCGCCCGUCCAGAAUCAUGA